AUGUCUGGCAAUCCGGACGCAUUCGAAAAUGAUCCAGGAUUCCCAUUCUUGGGAAUGUCGAGAGAGGCGAAGGCUGCUUCUGCCGCCCGUCCAUUCGACUCCAAGAAGAACUGCUGGAUUCCAGAUCCAGAAGAUGGAUUCGUCGCCGCCGAGAUCCAAUCCACCACUGGCGACCAAGUGACCGUGGUUACUGUCAAGGGAAACCAAAUCACUGUAAAAAAAGACCAAUGCCAAGAGAUGAACCCUCCAAAGUUCGACAAAACCGAGGAUAUGGCUAAUUUGACAUUCUUGAACGAAGCCUCAGUUUUGGGAAAUCUCAAGGACCGUUACAAGGAUUUGAUGAUUUAUACCUACUCUGGUCUUUUCUGUGUCGUAAUCAAUCCAUACAAAAGGCUCCCAAUCUACAGUGAAUCUGUGAUCAAGCAUUUCAUGGGAAAGAGACGUAAUGAGAUGCCACCACAUUUGUUCGCUGUCUCUGAUGAGGCUUACCGUAACAUGGUUCAAGACAAGGAGAACCAAUCUAUGCUCAUUACCGGAGAAUCCGGAGCCGGAAAGACUGAGAACACCAAGAAGGUUAUUUCCUACUUCGCCAUCGUCGGAGCCACCCAAGCUGCUGCCGGAGGAAAGAAGGAAGAGGGAAAGAAGGGAGGAACCCUCGAGGAGCAAAUUGUUCAGACCAAUCCAGUGUUGGAGGCUUUCGGUAACGCCAAAACCGUAAGAAACAACAACUCGUCUCGUUUCGGAAAGUUCAUCAGAACUCACUUCUCCGGAUCCGGAAAGUUGGCUGGAGGAGAUAUUGAGCAUUAUCUUCUCGAAAAAUCUCGUGUCGUUCGUCAAGCUCCAGGAGAGCGUUGUUACCACAUCUUCUACCAAAUCAUGUCUGGUAACGACGCAAGCCUCCGCGGAAAGCUGAAGCUCAACAAUGACAUCACCUACUAUCACUUCUGCUCCCAAGCCGAGCUUACCAUUGAAGGAAUGGAUGAUAAGGAAGAGAUGAGACUCACCCAAGAAGCCUUCGAUAUCAUGGGCUUCGAAGAUCAAGAGACCAUGGAUCUUUACCGUUCCACUGCUGGUAUCAUGCAUAUGGGAGAAAUGAAGUUCAAGCAGCGUCCACGCGAAGAACAAGCCGAGCCAGAUGGUGAGGAGGAUGCUCUCAACGCCGCUGCCAUGCUUGGAAUCAACGCUGAGGAGUUCCUCAAGGCUUUGACCAAGCCACGUGUCCGUGUCGGAACCGAAUGGGUCAACAAGGGACAGAACUUGGAACAAGUCAGCUGGGCUGUCUCUGGACUUGCCAAGGCUAUCUACGCUCGUAUGUUCAAGUGGAUCAUCAACAGAUGUAACAAAACUCUUGAUGCCAAGGAAAUUGAGCGCAAGCACUUCAUCGGAGUGCUCGAUAUCGCUGGAUUCGAGAUCUUCGACUUGAACUCCUUUGAACAGCUCUGGAUCAACUUUGUCAACGAGCGUCUCCAACAAUUCUUCAACCACCACAUGUUCGUUCUUGAGCAGGAAGAAUACAAGCGUGAAGGAAUCGCCUGGACCUUCAUCGAUUUCGGACUCGAUCUUCAAGCCUGUAUCGAGCUCAUCGAAAAGCCACUCGGUAUCAUCUCAAUUCUUGAUGAGGAGUGCAUUGUUCCAAAGGCCACUGAUAUGACCUACGCCCAGAAGCUUCUUGAUCAACAUCUUGGAAAGCAUCCAAACUUCCAGAAGCCAAAACCACCAAAGGGAAAGCAAGGAGAUGCUCAUUUCGCCAUCGUCCACUACGCUGGAACUGUCCGUUACAACGCCAACAACUUCCUUGAGAAGAACAAGGAUCCACUCAACGACACUGCUGUCGCUCUUCUCAAGCACUCUGUUGAUAACAACUUGAUGUUGGACAUCUGGCAAGACUACCAGACCCAGGAAGAGGCUGCUGAAGCCGCCAAGGCUGGACAAUCUGGAGGAGGAAAGCGUGGAAAGUCUUCUUCUUUCGCUACUGUCUCUAUGAUCUACAGAGAGUCUCUCAACAACUUGAUGAAUAUGCUCUAUCAAACCCAUCCACAUUUCAUCCGUUGUAUUAUUCCAAACGAGAAGAAAGCAUCUGGAGUCAUUGACUCUGCCCUCGUUCUCAACCAGCUCACUUGUAACGGAGUGUUGGAAGGAAUCAGAAUUUGCCGUAAAGGAUUCCCGAACAGAAUGCUCUACCCAGAUUUCAAGCACCGUUAUGCUAUCCUUGCUGCUGAUGCUGCUAAGGAUUCUGAUCCAAAGAAGGCUUCCGUCGGAAUCCUUGACAAGAUUGCCAAUGAUGGAAACUUGACUGACGAAGAAUUCAAGAUCGGAGAGACCAAGAUCUUCUUCAAGGCCGGAGUUCUUGCCAAGCUUGAAGACUUGCGUGAUGAGAUUCUCUCCAGAAUCGUUACCAUGUUCCAAUCUCGUAUUCGUUCUUACCUCGCUAAGGCUGAAGUCCGUCGUCGUUACGAACAACAGACUGGAUUGCUUAUUGUUCAACGCAAUGUUCGUGCUUGGUGCACUCUCAGAACCUGGGAAUGGUUCAAGUUGUUCGGAAAGGUCAAGCCAAUGCUCAAAGCCGGAAAAGAACAAGAAGCCAUGGGAGAGCUUGCCGAAAAGAUCCAGAAGCUCGAGGAGGCCGUUCAACGCGGAGAGAUUGCUCGUUCUCAAUUGGAGACUCAAGUUGCCGAUUUGGUUGAGGAGAAGAAUGCUUUGUUCUUAAGCCUUGAAACUGAGAAGGCCAACUUGGCUGACGCCGAGGAGAGAAAUGAGAAGCUCAACCAGCUGAAGGCUACUCUUGAGAGCAAGUUGACCGAUAUCACUGGACAACUUGAGGAUAUGCAAGAGCGUCAUGAGGAUCUCACUCGUCAGAAGAAGAAGACUGAGCAAGAACUUUCUGACACCAAGAAGCACGUUCAAGAUUUGGAGCUCACUUUGAGAAAGGCUGAACAAGAGAAGCAGAGCCGGGACCACCAAAUCCGUUCUCUUCAAGAUGAAAUGGCCAACCAAGACGAAUCUGUUGCUAAGCUCAAUAAGGAGAAGAAGCAUCAGGAAGAGUCCAACCGCAAACUCAACGAAGAUCUUCAAUCCGAGGAAGACAAGGUCAACCAUCUCGAGAAGAUCCGCAACAAGCUUGAGCAACAAAUGGAUGAGCUUGAGGAAACUAUUGACCGCGAGAAGAGAUCUCGUUCGGAUAUCGAGAAAUCCAAGAGAAAGGUUGAGGGAGAUUUGAAGGUCGCUCAAGAGAACAUCGAUGAGAUCACCAAGCAGAAGCAAGAUGUUGAGAACACCUUGAAGAGAAAGGAAGAUGAUCUUCAUCAUGCUAGCACCAAGCUUGCUGAGGAACAAGCUCUUGCUGCUAAACUUCAACGCCAAAUCAAGGAACUCCAAGCCAGAAUCGCCGAACUUGAGGAGGAACUCGAAUCCGAGAGAAACUCUCGCCAAAAGGCCGACAGAACUCGCAACGAACUUCAACGCGAGUUGGAGGAAAUCAGCGAGAGAUUGGAGCAACAGGGAGGAUUCUCUGCUGCUCAACUCGAGGCUAACAAGAAGCGCGAGGCUGAAAUUGCCAAGCUUCGUCGUGAGAAGGAGGAAGACGCCUUGAAUCACGAAACUGCUGUUUCAUCUCUUCGCAAGCGUCAAGUUGAUGCAGUUGCUGAGCUCACUGAGCAACUCGAAACUCUCCAGAAGCUCAAGGCUAAGGGAGAUGCCGAGAGAGCCAAGCUUCAACGUGAUCUUGAAGAAGCCCAGCAUGCCACUGAUAGCGAAGUUCGUGCUCGUCAAGAAGUUGAAAAAAGCUACAAGACUAUUGAAGUUCAAUUCUCGGAACUUCAAACCAAGGCUGAUGAGCAAUCCAGACAACUCCAAGACUUUGCUGCUCUCAAGAACCGUCUCAACAACGAGAAUGGAGAUUUGAACCGUACUCUUGAGGAGAUGGAUAACCAAGUCAACUCACUUCACCGUCUCAAGUCCACCCUCCAAUCUCAACUCGAUGAAACUCGUCGUAACUUCGAAGAGGAGAGUCGUGAACGUCAAGCUCUUGCUGCCACUGCCAAGAAUUUGGAACACGAGAACGAAAUUCUUCGUGAGCAUCUGGAUGAAGAAGCCGAGUCCAAGGCUGAUCUGACCCGUCAAAUCAGCAAGCUCAAUGCUGAAAUCCAACAAUGGAAGGCUCGUUUCGACUCCGAGGGACUUAACAAACUCGAGGAGAUCGAGGCCGCCAAGAAGGCUCUCCAACUCAAGGUUCAAGAAUUGAGUGAUACCAACGAGGGUCUCUUUGCCAAGAUCGCUUCUCAAGAGAAGGUCCGUCAUAAGUUGAUGCAAGAUUUGGAUGACGCUCAAUCCGAUGUUGAGAAGGCUGCCGCUCAAGUUGCCUACUAUGAGAAGCAUCGUCGUCAGUUCGAGAAGAUCGUUGAGGAGUGGAAGAAGAAGACCGAUGACCUCGCCUCCGAACUUGAUGCUGCUCAGCGUGAUAACCGUCAACUCUCCACUGAUCUCUUCAAGGCAAAGACUGCCAACGAUGAGCUCGCUGAGUACCUUGACAGCACUCGUCGUGAGAACAAGUCUCUUGCUCAGGAAGUCAAGGAUCUUACCGAUCAGCUUGGAGAAGGAGGAAGAUCUGUCGCUGAACUUCAGAAGAUUGUUAGAAGAUUGGAAGUCGAGAAGGAGGAGCUCCAGAAGGCUCUCGACGAGGCUGAAGCUGCUCUUGAAGCUGAAGAAGCCAAGGUUCUCAGAGCUCAAAUCGAAGUCUCCCAGAUCCGCAGUGAAAUCGAGAAGCGUAUCCAAGAGAAGGAGGAAGAGUUCGAGAACACUCGCAGAAACCACCAAAGAGCUUUGGAGAGCAUGCAAGCUACCCUCGAAGCAGAGACCAAGCAAAAAGAGGAAGCCCUCAGAAUCAAAAAGAAGCUCGAAAGCGACAUCAACGAUCUCGAAAUCGCUUUGGAUCAUGCCAACCGCGCUAAUGCUGAUGCCCAGAAGACCAUCAAGAAGUACAUGGAAACUGUUCGCGAACUUCAAGUCCAAAUCGAAGAGGAACAACGCCAGAAGGACGAGCUCCGCGAGCAAUUCUUGGCUUCCGAGAAGAGAAACGGAAUCUUGCAAGCCGAGAAAGACGAGUUGGCUCAACAAGCAGAAGCCGCUGAGAGAGCUCGUCGUAACGCUGAAGCUGAUUGCAUUGAGCUCCGUGAGCAGAACAACGACCUGUCCAACCAAGUGUCAUCCCUCACCGGAUGGCGUCGCAAGCUCGAAGGAGAGCUUCUCGCUGUCCACGCUGAACUCGAAGAGCUUGUCACUGAACUCAAGAACGCACAAGAACAAGGACAGAAGGCAUCUGCUGACGCCGCCCGUCUCGCUGAAGAGCUCCGCCAAGAACAAGAACACUCGAUGCACAUAGAAAGAAUCCGCAAGGGACUUGAACUUCAAAUCAAGGAAAUGCAGAUCAGACUUGAUGACGCUGAGAACGCGGCAUUGAAGGGAGGAAAGAAGAUCAUCGCCCAAUUGGAAGCCAGAAUCCGUGCCAUUGAACAAGAAUUGGAUGGAGAGCAAAGACGUCAUCAAGAUACCGAGAAGAACUGGCGUAAGGCUGAGAGACGUGUCAAGGAGGUUGAAUUCCAAGUUAUCGAGGAGAAGAAGAACGAAGAGAGACUGACUGAAUUGGUUGAUAAGCUCCAGACUAAACUCAAGAUUUUCAAGAGACAGGUUGAAGAGGCUGAGGAGGUUGCUGCCAGCAACUUGAACAAGUACAAGGUGCUCCAAGCCCAAUUCGAACAAGCCGACGAGAGAGCUGAAAUCGCUGAGAAUGCCCUCUCAAAGAUGCGAAACAAGAUCCGUGCGUCUGCUUCCGUCAUUCCACCAGAUGGUUUCCCACUUGCUCAAUCCCCCUCCAGUGCUCUCGUCAGAAGUGCAUCCAAUGCCCGAUUCCUUUGA